CGCGACAUCUCGUCUAAUCCGCACAAUUCCUCUUUGUCUCUAUUCUUCACUUGAGCAGCCGUGAUCUUGCGCAGCCUCCAUGGCCUAACCAACGCCCCUCCCUUGAAGCAGAAUAUUCGGCGGCACCCCGCAAUGUGCCACUGCUACGAGCAUCGAGAUUCCACAACCUCGCAUCGCCCAUGAUGAGCAGCUUGUGGUCCUCAGCGAAACCAGCCCCGGAGCCGUCGAGCGAGGCGCCCCCCGAGGCAGCGGACGAGGCUGUCGAGUACCCCCAGGACGAGUCUGCGAUUGACGACUCGGCCGACCCAUCGCCAGCUCCCCAGCUGCCGCCUCUUUCCACGUCCAGAGGCGCUUCUCAACAGUCGCAGCGGCAGGCGAAUCCUCCACAAGGCGGGCCCUCGACGAUGCCCUCGGCAAGCAGCUAUAACAACGCUGGCGUCCGGUCGCAAGCCCCCCAGCAUGCUCCCACCGACUCUCUGUCGCUGAUGCAGCUGCGGCACAUCGUCGCCAGGGUCAACGCCGCCGACCCUGCGGCAUACGACUUUGUCUACUCGGACAUGGGCCCGCACGCCGAGGAGAUUGACGAGUGGUUCGUGUACCAGUUCUGGCAGUGGGUGCGCCUUAACGCGGCGCAAAAGGCCUUUGAGUGGCACUGGAAGCACGAGUCGGGUGGCAAGCACGGCUGGGACGACGCGGACCACGACACGAGGGCGCGGUUCGUGCAGGCCGCCAUCGCCGGCGUGCAGAGCAACGACGCGGCCUUGAGGGCGAACUCGAUUGGCAAGAUUAUGUACCUUGUCUUGGGUAGAUGGGGCGACACGGCGAUGCCGCACGCGACGGACGAGAACAGCCGGUCCAUUGCGAGCAUCCCGCAGCUCCAGGCGAUGAAGGCUGGCGUGGCGUGCUUGACGUCCCUGGGAGGGAUACCGGUCGUUUGGGAGGCGCUGAGGAACGUCUUUGAGAUUCACUGGUAUGGGCCUCUUGACUUUCACGCGGACAGGUCUGGCGAUAUCCAACAGGGCAAUGCGCAGGAUGCCCAGGACGAACUUAUGAAUCUUUUGACCAUCAUGUACAUUGUGGUGCAGGAGACGUUGAACGACCCCGAGGAUAUGGCCUCAACGGAAGCAACACUACUGGAGCUGAAUCCCUCCUUGGUUGACUUUAUGAUGCUGGCGACUUCCAAGCUGCGAUGGGAUGAACAAAAUACCAUGCCUCAUACUCAGAUCUUCUUGCUGUUCUGGAAAUCAAUCCUCCUCGUCUUUGGCGGAACAGAAGACCUCAAGCGUGUCAAGGAGGCCACCAGCGAGUUGACAGGCGGCGACAAGAGCAAAGAGACCAUCACGGCAUCUCCCCUGGACUAUCACGUCUUUCGCCAGGAAAUCACAUCCAAAUACCCGGCCUAUGUUCCGCCGCAGCCAUUGAUACCGCUAGAGGCCGACAAUGCGUCGCUUCUUCCACCUCUGCCUAAUAUGACGAGCCGAACUGUUGCCAACGGCAUCAUCCCCCAGCCCCCCAACGUACAACUGGGAGGCGCAUCCAUCCUCAACCAGCCGGUGCACAUCGCCACUCCGGCGCCAUCCCCGCCGCCGUCUCCUGGCGUCGGCGGGAAAGGAGGCAAGAAGCAAAACUACCAGACCAACCAGAAUUUCCCCUUCAUGUACCCUCCUCUCGAUGCCACCAGUAACAGCGCUGGCGGGAAGGGAGAAGCGGGAUAUGGCAAUCCUCUGGUGUCUAGGAAAUGGGAGGGCAGCGAUAUUCCCGCCUCGAUUCUUGAGGCGGGGCAGAUCUUCUCCUCGCGCGUCAGGAUGACCCGGGCAACUCGUCAGCUUUGGGAAGAGCGAGAGCGAUUCCUCAAGUUUGAACGCGGCUGGGAAGCUGACGAUGAUGCAGACGAAGAUGACAAUGACGACAUUGAGGAUCUCGACCUCAAUGAGCUCACGCUGGAGGAGAAGGAGGUGUUGCGCGAGCUGAAAGCCGAAGAUAAGAAAGAGAAGAAGAAGAAAGAACGGUCAUUCCCUGGCCCUGAGGUUGACUUUGGUCCACAGCCGGAGAGGCUGAGCGAACGAGACAAGCAGCGGCUUAUCGCGGUGGAACGUUUCUAUGCCAAUGCCUUGCCUCAUCUUCAGUCCAUUGUGAUUGUUUUGCUCCGCCCAAUUCUUGUUAACGUCACGGCUAUUGUGGCCCAGCAGCAGAAUCAGAUGGCAGGAAUGACGAACAGGGCCGGCAACCCUGGUGCUAAUGGCUAUGGGUCGCAGAGGGGCAUGGAUAUGAAUGCACAGGGCCAGCAGGAGCAAGAAGGAGAGCCGUCUCCCGAGGAGAUUGACGCCACUCGAACACGGGAGAUUACAUCCAAGGCCAUGACCGCAAUUCUCCUUCUUCUCCUGAAGUGGCUCAGAGUCUCGCACGUUCUCAAGUUUGAGUACUUGACCCAACUGCUGUUGGACUCCAACUAUCUUCCCCUGGUGCUCAAGCUCUUUGCCCAUCAGGACAUUCAACAAGUGGUCGACAGCAAGAUGGACCACGUUGAGAACAGCUUCUUCCAGUUUUGCAACAUCCGAUCUAGAUUUAAGGAUAAGACCGAAAGUGAGGCUGGCAAUGAGGGAGGAGACGCGGCCGAGACAGGCGAGCACGGCGAGGGCGAGGGCGAGGGCGAGGGCGACAACGGGCAGCAGCCAGAAGGAGAAGACAGCGAGGACGACGCAGCACCGCCGCCGAUUAAGAGACAGCGGGAGGCGGAAGAGCCGGAAGUGGACCAGAUGGAGGACGUGGCCGUCGACGGCGUAGAGGACGUCCGGAUGCGGCCCGAGGUGGACGAGAUGGGGGUGCCCCUGAGCAACCUGCCGCUGGAGCCCAUCACGGACUUUUCGCGGCGCAACUUCUUCUCGCUGAUCAACUACCUGCGGGUGAUGCAGAAGAUUUGCAAGAACAAGGCGCACCGCAACCUGCUGCUGGUGCAGUACAAGUCGUCGACGAUCCUCAAGAAGUCGCUGCGGGUGCCGCAGCCGGAGCUGCGGCUGUACACGCUCAAGCUCUUCAAGGGCCAGGUGCCGUACUGCGGGCGCAAGUGGCGGCAGUCCAACAUGCGCGUCAUCACGGCCGUGUACCUGCACUGCCGGCCGGAGCUGCGCGACGAGUGGCUGGCGGGCAGCGACAUUGACGCCGAGGUGGACUCUGCGCUGCCGCUGGAGCAGGCGCUGCGCAGCCUGACGCACUGGCUCAACGUGCGGCGGUACCCGGAGCGCAUCGCGGCGGACAUUCGCAUCGCCAUGAGGGAGGAGCAGGAUUUCUUCUCGAGGGAGCUGGAGAAGGUGGAUCUCAACUGGAGCGAUUUGAUGGUUGGCGGGGACGAUGCGAUGAGUGAGGUGGACCAUGGGGAGUCGACUUGGGGGUGAAUUUCUAUUUUCGUUUUGCAUGCAAUACCUCCUUUGUUGUCUGUCUCUCUUUGACAUUUUUGUUUUUCUGGCAACUGAGCGAAUGAUAGAAACUGUAUCGAGUUUG